UCAAAACAUAAGAUGGCGUCCGUAGAGUCGCAGUCGCGGUUCGGUCAGUCAGUAAAAGGUUUAUUAUCCGACAAAGUGGGCUGCUGUAGCGGGGACGUGAUUGCACUACCCCGCCAGGUGCUCAAAGGAUCACGCAGCCAGGAGGUGAAUAUAAAGCAGACGUUUGUCGCCAUAUUUUCUCUGGUGGUACACUACAGGAAGAGUCUGAGGAAAAUGUCCAUCAUCACUACGCACUUACAGUACCAGCAGGAGGCGAUCCAGAAAAACUUGGAACACUCCAAAAACCUCCAGGACCAACUGAGACACCUGCUCAAAUGACUGUUGACCCAGGGCUGACCUCAGGAUGUUGAGAAAACGGACAUUCAAGCGUUGGUAUUGCUCGUCACUGCUCUGCCACGGUUUGCAACGGUGCAGAUUUAAUCCUUAAAUUAUUUAAAUAUUGAACACUUCAUUGUAUUAUACACUCCUUGUGUUAUGCCAAAAAUGGUAAAUGUGCAUAAAUGUAUGGACUGAUCGGCCGGUACCAACCAUUACUGCAGACCGGUAAUACCGCGUUAUCAUUGAAGGAUCAUUACAUUUUCAAAAUAAAACAUCUUUUAGACUUUA